UAAUUUUAAGCCCAAUUUAAUAAAUGGGGUUUAAUGAGAGGGCCAUAAAUGAGAUUUAUAGUAAAUGACUAACUCUGAAAAAGAAGAAAACAAUUAAGCAGAGGAAGACGCCAAAAACAUAAUUAAGCAGUUACAUAAACGGCAAGAGCGGCUCGCAAGUCUACCCUACGCCACCUACCGGCUCCGUGUUUCACGGCUCACGUUAGCCUCCUCCAACCAUGAUGACCACGGUGGCUUCAUCCCCGAAAUCAGCCGCUUUUUCUCUUUUUAUUUUCCACAGAUCCAAAUAUCAUUAUUAUUCCACGUGUCGUCCACGACGGUGUGCCCCCCACCACCCUCCGUCACCACCGCUUAUGGCUACCUUCCUUUAUUACCAACUCUGCUAAUCUACGCUUCUAUCUAACCUUAUCCUCCGCCACCAACUUUUAUCAUACGCCUCUCCUCCACUCUCUCUCUCUCCUCCCUUAUCUUCUCGAUAUUACGUGAAAUCGCCGCCGCGAAAAGUCAUCCGCAUCUCAGCCAUUUCUCUUUCUUCACGAGAUCUCAAUUUUCCUUCUUCAUUUCUCGGAUUUUGAAUUUGUAUCUAUCCCGUCCCAUGUCCGAUCCGGAUUCUCCGAUGAACCAAGAUCCAAUUGCGGAUCCAUCACCGGUUCGGAUCGAGUCUUCCCCACGAGCUCUCGUCCCGCCACCAUUAUCUUCUGCCGCUCAAGACGAUGACUCAGCGGAGCCGGCUUCCGUCGCAGAUCUGAAGAGCGCUUCCGUCCCCGUCGCCGCGGCCAAAAACUCUAGGCGGUUACCUCCGCCGUGCUGGUCUCUUGAAGAGACGAUCGCUCUUAUUGACGGGUACAGAGACAAAUGGUACGAUCUCAACCGUGGAAACCUCAAGGCGAAUCACUGGGAAGAAGUCGCAGAAGCGGUUGGUGCUAGUUGCCCCGACGUGACGCCGAAGAAAACUGCGGUUCAGUGCCGUCACAAGAUGGAGAAGCUUCGGAAAAGGUAUCGUACUGAGAUCCAGAGAGCUAGAUCUGUGCCGGUGGCGAGGUUUAUAUCUUCUUGGGUUCAUUUUAAGCGAAUGGAAGCUAUGGAGAAUAGACCAGAGAUCAAACAAGGUAACGAAAGUGGAGAAGAGGAUCACGACGAUGGCAAUUACACAGCUCGCUAUCAGUUUAAAAACGGCGGAGGAGGAGGCUCAGUGGCAAGGACGACGCCGAGGUUCUUUAAUAGGAAUGGUACGGCUGGAUCUGGUGGUGGAGGGAGCGGCAGUAGCGGCGGAAUUCGAAUUAGGAUACCGACUGGAGUGAGUAUAGCACAGGCAGGUCCUAGAUUUCCCGGUAAGAUUGAUCAAAAAUACACGGCGAGUCCGGGUUCCGGUAUGAGUUCAAAUCCGAGACUUGGUCGUGGUUUAGGAGCAGGAGGAUCUAAUUACAGUGCUAGGGUUGCGAGACUUCCUGAAGGAGGAGGAGGGAAACGAGGGAGAGAUAUGAUGAUGAAGACGGAGGAGGAUGAUGAAAAUGAUAAUGACAAUGAUCCGAUGGUGGAGAUAGCGAGUGCGAUUAAACUGCUGGGAGACACGUUGUUGAGAACAGAGCAGACGAGAAUGGAGAUGACCAAAGAGAUUGAAGCGAUGAGGAGGGAGACAGAGAUGAAGAGGACGAAGAUGAUAUUGGAAUCGCAACAACGACUUGUGGAAGCGUUUGCUAAAACCAUUGCAGAGAAUACAGAGGAGAAGAAGAAGAAAGCAAGAAGAAUGUCGUCGUCUUCGUUAGCUGCUGCCGACUCUUAAUUGAUUAAAAGGCGCCAUAAAUUAUGUGUGAAUUUUCAGUUCUAGAUUUGUAGAAAUCGAAAGAGCUUUUAUGAGCUCAGUGCAUCUAACACCAGUUAUGUAUCCUGCUUAUAUAUGUUAUAAAAAAAAGUGUAAAAUUGGGAGUUCCCGAAUA